AAGCAGGAAUCAGGAAUAACGGAGAGGAGACGUGGACUCACCGGAGACACUCGAGACAUCAGAGACAGUUUCUGUCCUCCAGAGGAAGGAAGUGACACCAUGACGACAGAAAUGCAGGAGAUCGCCAUCACGGAGGAGAAGCCUUUACUCACGGGUCAGGCUGACUCCACCAAGGACGCUGAGCUGGUGGCGAGGAUUCUCCUGGACCAAGGACAGGAGCACAGUGUGGAGACCCCCCAUGGCGUUCUGCACGUCACCCUCCACGGAACCCGGACCACCCGCAGGCCGGCCAUCCUCACCUUCCACGACGUGGGCCUGGACAGUAAGAGCUGCUUCUCUCACCUGUUCAAGUUCGAGGAGAUGCAGGAGAUCGUGAAGAACUUCACUGUGAUCCAUAUCGAUGCCCCGGGGCAGGAGGGGGGGGCGGCGGACUACCCGGCCGGAUACCAGUACCCCCCCAUGGACACCAUCGCGGAGAUGAUUCCUGCCGUGCUCCAGUUCUUCAACUUCCGUACGGUGAUCGGAGUGGGGGUGGGGGCAGGAGCCUACAUCCUGUCCAAGUUCACACUGGCGAACCCGGACUCGGUGGAGGGUUUGGUUCUGAUCAACAUCGACACCAACGCUCGAGGAUGGAUCGACUGGGCCGCGCAGAAGCUCAGCUCCGUGACGUCCUCGCUCACCGAGCAGAUCCUGUCCCACCUCUUCAGUCAGGAGGAGCUGUCGUCAAACACCGAGCUGGUUCAGUCUCACCGGGAGCGAAUCUCCAAAGCUCCUAACCUGGUGAACAUCGAGCUGCUGUGGAAGACGUACAACAGUCGCAGAGACUUGAACAUCGACCGCACCUGCACCUUCAAGUGUCCAGUGAUGCUGGUGGUCGGAGAUCAAGCUCCGUACGAGGAAGCUGCUGUGGAGUGCAACAGCAAACUGGACCCGACGACGACCUCCUUCCUGAAGAUGGCCGACGCCGGCGGUCUCCCUCAGUUGACCCAGCCGGCGAAACUGACUGAGGCGUUCAAGUACUUUAUCCAGGGCAUGGGCUACAUGGCUUCGUCUUGCAUGACCCGCCUCUCUCGCUCCCGCACCACCUCCCUCUCCUCCUCCUACUCCAUGGACGGGUCUCGCUCUCGCUCUCGCACCCUCUCCCAGGGCUCGCAGGGCGGACAGAUGCCGCCGAGCCCGUCCCAGACGAUGGAGGUGUCCUGCUGAAGACAUAGAGUUAGAGAGCGAGGGAGAGAGUGAGUGAGAAAGAGAAAGAGAAGAGGGUGAUGGUGGAAGGAAGGGAAAGACAAAGCAUUACAAUAACACAGGAACAAGACGAGUGGGUUUCUUAUUUGUCAGUAAACGACUCCCAUCAUUCCCCAGAAGAGAAGAGUAGGAGCGAAGGGAGGAAGAGGGAGG